AUCUCAAAGCUUCCUUAUCUACAAGCAGUGGUGAAGGAAACUUUACGCUUGCAUCCACCUGCCCCAAUGUUAGUGCCACACAAGUCAGAAGUUGAUGUUGAACUAUGUGACUUCAUGGUACCUAAAAGUUCCCAAAUUCUGGUUAAUGUAUGGGCCAUGGGUAGAGAUUCAAGUAUUUGGCCAAACCCAGAUGAAUUCAAACCUGAAAGAUUCUUGCAAAGUAACCUUGAUUUUAAAGGCCAAGAUUUUGAACUAAUACCCUUUGGAGCAGGAAGAAGGAUCUGUCCUGGAUUGCCAUUGGCUUCCAGAACUGUGCCUAUUGUAUUGGCUUCUCUUUUAUGCAAGUAUAAUUGGAAGCUCAAAGAUGGACAAAAGCCACAAGACAUGGAUAUAUCUGAGAAAUAUGGGCUUACCUUGCAUAAGGCACAACCUCUCCUAGUCAUUCCAAUCCAAGCAUAAUACCUAGGAAGAUUAUAUGUGUAGUGAAAAUACUAUUGAAACCCUCUCUUUAGCAUGCAGAUGGAUUAAAAUAAGUGAAUGAGUAGUAAAACCUUGAUACUUUUAUCCCUUUUACUUUUUCCUAACUUGGUUAUACUAAAAUUUUUGAAAUUCUAGGAUAACCCUCUUCUUUCACCUUAUUUCCCUUUGUAGUUAUGUCUCCUCUUGUUCUUAUAUUUUACUUGUCACAAAAAACACAAGGUUAACGUAGGGUAGUCGCAAAUCUUUGAUGGAAGAUGAUAGUAAGAUUCAGAACAGCAUUUUUAACACUAAUUUUGAUUGCUACUGGUAUAAAAAUAAGCUAUGGCAACUGCUCGCUGUAAUGACUUGGAAAUUCCUACAAGGUAUUGGUUUUCAUUAGCAUUAUAUGUUUGUUAGCUGAUAGUGUGAUACCUAACUUCACCCUGGUGACAAAUCAAUUAAAACAUCACAAGCUUAUGGGAAUCUUCAAAAUGAGUCUGCAAAGCAGUUGGUUAAUCAACUUAUGAGUGGUGAGUUGAGGUAUGUAAUGGACACAACUUUUUCUUACAUUUGUUAGCUUGUAUGUUUCAUGAAAUAUCUUUCACGAGCUAGGCAAAGUAGCAGCUGAGAGUAAUAAAAAAAGGUAGCCAUCUGAGAGUAACAAAAGAAGGAUGGAUUUUUCAGGACCAAAGUUUCAUAUUGAAAGGAUAGAGAGGUUAAAAGUAGUCUACCAAAUCCUCUUAUAGCAUGCCUUUGAUAGGAUUACUAUGGAGUUAAAUAGUUACACUAUUUUUAACAUCCAAAAAGGGUUGAAUAGAUCUUUAAAACACUUUCACUUAUGGGUAAACGGUCUAAUGAGGUAUUUCCUGGUUCAAAAUAGAGUUUGAAAUCAUAAGAUUACAUAAGUAUUAUUUUUUAUGUCAACUCUGUCUUACACAAGUUCAUAGAGUCAUUCUUGACUAUCUCUUUUGUCUUCCCACAUACAAGUAUUAUUUUAACUGACAUCUUAUAUUAUUGCACUCAGCUUGUUUAAUGAUUUAUGAGUUGAGAUUUUGUUGCUUGCCUGGUGUUCAAAACUUGAGCUCUUUCAUGCACUUCAUAAAAAUUCUGUAAUAAAUAAGAAUAUGUGUUUUUGCAUAGUUCUUUUUCAUGAAACUCCUCUUCUGCCUUAACCUUUGGUAAUUGAAUUUGCAUAGACUACAAACAAAAAACAUGAAGAGUAAAUACUUGAAGUUGUUUAGUACUGACCCAAGAGAUUAAUUCUUAGUUUGAAGUUUGAACAUUAGAUGCAUAAAUAUGUUAAUGUUGCUGAUUGAAAGUUGGCAAGAGGUAGUAAGAGCUAUUGGCUUAAGUCAGACUGAAAUAAUGCUUUUCAGAUUUCAGGAUUCUGCAUUUAUUAUUCUGUGGCUAAAUGAAUUAGAUGUUCCUUUGUUUGGUUCUCUUUUUUGUCUCUCAUAAUGCAACUAGUGUGUAGUUACUCUGCCUUUUGGAUUAUGUAAUCUGUCUUUCUAAUUAUUUGUGUCCAAUAUAUUAGUCUGUUUUUUUCCUGUUUCUUGCAGUAAUAUGUUGCUUGGUAGAUGGGUUUAUCAGCACACUAAAGGUGCCUCAGCAGGUGUUGGAUGACUUUAUCUUCUUUGACUUUCUGGACAAAACCUUCAGGUAUGUGAGCAUGAACGACAAUCCCCGAAGACCCUAAAACGACUCACUCUUGAUUUUUCACCACUCCAUGCUAUUUCUGGGGUUUUCUGUUUGACUACUAAAGUUGGAUUGCAGUUUUGCUACACACCAUCUAACUGCUUCAAGCCAAAAAACUUUUGGAAUUUGUCUCUCACUCAGUGUUCUCGUACUGUGUUCAUGAAUGUUUUCUUUUUUUUUUUCAACGAAUCUAUUUUGCUAAGACGUGUAGGUAGUUUUUAAUUGCAUAGAUCCAUGCAAAACUCUUCAAACUUUAUUGAAGUAAA